UUCUUUUGGAACUCUUUAAAUAACAAGUAGUGAAAGGAACUGUGUAUUGGACAUAUCAGUGUUUAAAUGAGGUGGGUUAUUUUGUUUGACUUACAAAAUGGUUCUUAAGUGUAACCAUAGUGCUUUAAACAAUAUCAUCCUUUAUGAAAAAAAUUUUAUAAGGUAACUAAACAGAGUUCUUUUAGACCUAGAACAUCAUAGAAUUUCUUUUAAAAAUCAUUCAUUUCUCUCAACCUUUCUUCCUUUAACCACUGAAGAAUAUUCCUGAGUUUUAGCAUGAGCUGUCACCUCUUCAAGUAUGUGACCUACUUUCCUAAAUUGUGUUUGAUUUACAGAGUUCAAAAUGGACCUAUCCAAUGUCUAUUGAUGUUUUUCUCCAUUCGGUCACUUGCACACCUUUAUUGAAAACCUGUUCCAAGGAUAGGAUUAUGGGCUGACAAAAAUAUUAAAUUGGCAUUCUGCCGUCUGCUUCAUUGUUUUCUAAACUUUGCCAUGGAUUCAUUAAAUAGCUUAAGCCUGUUUCUUCUCCUUAGAUCAAAGUACACUAUCCUGUAAAUUUUUUUGUGUGUGGUGGAAUUGUGUUUAUAACAAUGAAAAUAAGUCUGGAAGUACUUUUCUAGCUAAGUGGACAUUAUAUGUAUUUAUGCUCCUCAGAUGAAAUGAGGAGAAUCUUUCUAGAAUAGCUGCUUGUGCUGGUGAGGAAAUGCCAGGAGAAAAUGUCACUGUUUGGAGCCUUUUUUUCCUGGAGGGAUUUUCCCGAUACCCAAGGUUAGAGAUUGUUCUGUUUGUCUUCAGCCUUGUAAUGUACCUGGUUACCAUCCUGGGUAACAGUACCCUUAUCUUAAUCACUGUCCUGGACUCACACCUUCAAACCCCUAUGUACUUGUUUCUUGGAAACCUCUCUUUCAUGGACAUCUGCUACACAUCUGCUUCUAUUCCUACUUUACUUGUGAACUUGCUGUCAUCUAAGAAAACCAUUAUCUUCUCUGGGUGUGCCGUGCAGAUGUACCUGUCCCUUUCCAUGGGAUCGACAGAGUGUAUACUUCUGGCUGUGAUGGCCUAUGAUCGUUAUGUGGCCAUUUGUAACCCUCUGAGAUACCCCAUCAUCAUGAGCAGGCACGUCUGUGUGCAGAUGGCCGCCAUCUCCUGGGUGACAGGCUGUCUGACUGCUCUGCUGGAAACUAGUUGUGCCCUGCAGAUCCCCCUCUGUGGGAACGUCAUCGACCAUUUCACAUGUGAAAUCCUUGCAGUGCUAAAACUAGCUUGUGUGAGUUCCCUGCUCAUGGACAUGGUUAUGCUGGUGGUCAGUAUUCUCCUGCUGCCCAUCCCAAUGCUUUUGAUUUGUAUCUCUUAUGGCUUCAUCCUUUCUACAAUUCUGAGGAUCGGCUCAACAGAGGGAAGAAACAAAGCUUUUUCAACCUGUGGUGCACACUUGACUGUGGUCAUCUUAUAUUAUGGGGCUGCUCUCUCCAUGUACCUGAAGCCUUCUUCAUCAAACUCACAAGAAAUAGACAAAAUUAUCUCGUUGCUUUAUGGAGUGCUUACCCCUAUGUUGAACCCAAUAAUUUACAGCUUAAGGAACAAAGAAGUAAAAGAUGCUGUGAAAAAACUGCUGGGCAAAGUGCCCUUGGUACCAGGCAUGUGACUGUCACUGAUUGGGUACCUGGGACUUUCCCAAGGACGUGCCUGCCACUGGCAGAACUCAGCAGAGAAAUUCUAGAUAUGAUUUAGCCCUUUAGGAUUCUGACCUGAAUGUGAGUUCUGCAGUUCCUCAGCCAUGAGGUAUUUGUACACAGACUAAUUUAUUAUGGAUGUGGUAGGUCCCAAAGUUCACUUACUAAUAUUCCUUGUCUUGGUGUGUCAUAGUUUGGAGGAUAUCAAUUUAGUCACUAGAAAUUUGCUCCAAAUCCAAAAUAAACUUGGAUUAAAUGUAGUCAGUGAAUCUUAGGGCCAGAAGAAUACCUUUUGUGCUUCAAUACUUUAUAGAAUUGGGUAGGAUCCUAAAGAUAUAAACCAAAUAACUAAAGAAUAAUAAAUAUAUUGUCAUUGAUCAUGGAAAUACAAAAAUGAAAUCAAAGAAGAAUCAAAAUACUUGGCCAACACUGUAUUGUGGCAAACUUUGAUGGCAAUGUCCCUCUGACUUCUUGGUCAGAGCUUAUUCUACUCAUGGUUGUGGCUUCUUAAGCGUUGACUAAAAAAAUCCCUGUCUUUUCAAGUAAGGAUCUAAUAUGACUCGCUUGACGCUUGCCUGUCAGCUUUGCUUUUUCUAAGCAAACCUAUUACUGAGAAACUAUUCUUUCUAUGUGCUAAGUCUUUUUUGUUUGUUCAUGUAUUUUUUUCUUUAUUGGAUGACUGACUUCACAAUGGCUGACAAGGAAACACUGUUCUAGAAAUAACAAUAUUUUUCUUUAGACACCUUAGUCAUUCCAGACCCUGGUAUUUUCAAUGGCAUAUUGCAGUAAAAAUAUAGAGUAGGCUUUCAUUAGGCUGCUGUUAAUUUUAUCUUGGGAAUAAAACUGAAAAUUCUCUGGAGUUUGUUACAAAUGUGUUAAAUGUAAACAGUACUAGAGACAGAAAUGGAUGAAACCUUAACUGACAGCGUGACCCUA